UCACUGAGGUUCUGGCGAGCAAAGAUGGCGGGCCCCUAUGAGAGUUUUAUGUUACGCACCACACCAGAGAAGUUUUACAUAGAGGCUUGUGAUGAUGGCUGCCUGGACGUGUUGGCCAUUGACAGGGUGUCGACUGAGAUGACUCUGACAGUGAAAAGGGACAUCCCUGCGUCAGCUGAGAUCAGGCCAAUAUGUGGACUCAUGGGAACUAUUCGUUUGGUGGCGGGCAUGUACCUGGUUGUCAUCACUAAGAAAAAGAAGGUGGGAGAUUUGCUGGGUCAUGCUGUUUGGAAGGCUGUGGACUUUGACAUCAUCUCCUAUAAGAAGACAAUACUACACCUGACAGACAACCAGAUGCAAGACAACAAGACCUUCUUGUCUAUGAUCAACAAUGUUCUUCAUACAGAUGGCCUCUACUUUGCAACAGACUAUGACCUGACCCACACUCUGCAGCGUUUGGCAAACACCAGCCCUGAGUUUCAGGAGAUGACCCUUGUCGAGAGGGCAGAUCAGCGUUUUGUUUGGAAUAGCCACCUGUUGAGGGAAUUCAUUGCGCAGCCAGAGCUACACAGGUUUGUCUAUCUGGCUGUCCAUGGCUUCAUCACUAUAAAGUCGAGCUGCAUUAAUGGACAUGUGUUUGAGUGGAGUAUUAUCUCAAGGAGGAGCUGCUUCAGAGCUGGUGUCCGCUACUACGUCCGAGGCAUCGAUUCAGAAGGACAUGCAGCCAACUAUGUGGAAACAGAGCAGGUGGUGCAGUACAACAGUGCCAAGGCUUCAUUUGUUCAGACACGAGGGUCCAUCCCCUUCUACUGGUCCCAAAGACCCAACCUCAAGUACAAGCCAAAACCACAAAUCAACAAAACAGUCAAUCAUUUGGACGCAUUCCAGAGACACUUUGACUCACAGAUUAUUCUCUAUGGAAGACAAGUUAUUUUGAACUUGAUCAACCAAAAGGGCUCAGAAAAGCCGUUGGAGCUGGCGUUUGACAAGCUGGUGAACAGCUUGGGUAAUGGCAUGAUCAAGUACAUAGCCUUUGACUUCCACAAGGAGUGCAGUCGGAUGAGGUGGCACCGUCUGCAGAUCUUAAUGGACAUGGUCACUGACAUGCAGGAUGAAUUUGGAUAUUUCCUCGUGGAUUCAGAAGGGAAGGUGCUGUUGAACCAGGAAGGGAUCUUUCGGAGUAACUGCAUGGACUGUCUGGACCGGACCAACGUCAUCCAGAACCUGCUGGCUCGCCGCUCACUUCAGUCACAGCUCCAGAAAAUGGGAGUCCUCCACAUGGGCCAACAGAUUGAGGAGCAGACAGACUUUGAGAAGACUUACAAGAACGCCUGGGCAGACAAUGCUGAUGCCUGUGCCAAGCAGUAUGCUGGUACUGGUGCAUUGAAGACUGACUUCACCAGGACAGGAAAAAGAACUCAGUGGGGACUGCUGAUGGAUGGCUGGAACUCCGCUAUCCGAUAUUACAAAAACAACUUCUCUGAUGGGUUUAGACAGGACUCAAUAGAUUUGUUCCUGGGCAACUAUGCUGUGGAUGAAGCUGACUGGACCACCCCACUGUGUGACGCCAAAGACUGGAAGUUCCUGACCUUGCCUACCAUCAUGGUUGUAGCAUUCUCCAUGUGUAUCAUCUGCCUGGUAAUGGCAGGUGACACGUGGACGGAGACUCUGGCUUAUGUCCUGUUCUGGGGAACAGCCAGUGUCGUGACGGGUGGCCUUAUCCUCUUUAAUGGACGGGACUUUGUAGAUGCUCCCAAGUUGGUCCAGAAGGAGAAGCUGGACUGAAUGUGUGUGUGUGGAAAACAGCUGGGCCCAAGCGAACUCAUCACCUCCUCAUCACCUUACCCCCAACAUCAGCAGGCCUGGAGUCUUUACUGACGCAGGCUGGAGUGGACGAGGGUGGUGAGCUGCGGGGCCGGUCUGGUGUACGACAGCGAUUGAAAGACAGGGACUGUUGCACGGACCUGCUGUUGUCCACACUUGCAACCGCUGAAGCAGACAUGACUGUCUCUCUCUACAGGUUUUACUGGGCACAAAACCUUUGGAGUUUGUUCUGGUUAGAUUUCAUUUUUCCUGGUUUUAGAGGAAUGCUAUGUGAAAUUGAAUGUUUUUCCCACUUAGUUCCCCAAUGGAUGCAUUGGGAUCAGAUUCAAAACUGCUGGUGUGAUGUCACAGCAAUUCUUCUAUGUACUGUUCAUUUGCCUUUUCAUUUUUGCAGUUGUUAAUAUAUGUAUCCAUUUACAUGAGCUCUGUCCUGGGUUAAGUGCUACCUGCAUUUCAAGACCAAUAACAGGUAGACAGAUAAGGCUUUCCUCUUCCAAUGGUUCAUAGAAAUCUGAUCUGUCUCUUUUUUUUUUGCUGCAGGUUAAAUUACAUGGCCAGUGUAUCAUUUAAACUUGCUAGGUUUUUUUUCUAAAUAUCUAUUGGCAAAUUAUAUUUAAUGAUGUCUUAUGGUCUGGAACUACGGUUGUAUAUUAAAGUUUAUGUACACUUGCAGAGGCUGCGUAUAUCCUGGCAGUCUUGAGCUUCCAAUGAUUUUCUGUGAUGGAAUUAUUUAAACACUUGACUCUUUGUCACAAUAAACAAUAGUGCAUUUUGA